AAGUGCUUGUGAACGUCGCAAUUGCCGUAGCAAGAGCUGCUGGAAGACUCGUAAUUCUGGGAGACUCCAGGAGCGCCUCUCCCACUCCCUGUCUCCCAGUGAACAGAAGGAGUGAAGCUCUGAAGGAGGCACACUGCUUGAAGGACUGUGGGCAGACGUGCUGGAGCCAGCUUGAAGGUAGCUGAGUCAGCUUAUUCAGGAGCUUCGAGAGCAGCCUCGCCAGCGCCAGCAGUACAGCCAUUCCAACAAGUCACCUCUUUUAAUGUUCUUUGGCAUAGACCAGAUCUUCAGGUUGUACAAUGGUAGAUGGAGUGAUGAUUCUCCCUGUGUUAAUGAUGAUUGCUUUCCCUUCCCCGAGUUUGGAAGAUGAGAAGCCCAAGGUCAACCCCAAACUUUACAUGUGUGUGUGUGAAGGUCUCUCCUGUGGGAAUGAGGACCACUGUGAAGGCCAGCAAUGCUUUUCCUCCCUGAGCAUCAAUGAUGGCUUCCAUGUCUACCAGAAAGGUUGCUUCCAGGUCUACGAGCAGGGGAAGAUGACCUGUAAGACCCCGCCGUCGCCUGGCCAAGCUGUGGAGUGCUGCCAAGGGGACUGGUGUAACAGGAACAUCACGGCCCAGCUGCCCACUAAAGGGAAAUCCUUCCCUGGAACACAGAAUUUCCACUUGGAAGUUGGCCUCAUUAUUCUCUCUGUAGUAUUUGCAGUAUGCCUUCUAGCUUGCCUACUGGGAGUUGCUCUCCGAAAAUUUAAAAGGCGCAACCAAGAACGCCUCAAUCCUAGAGAUGUGGAGUAUGGCACCAUCGAAGGGCUCAUCACCACCAAUGUUGGAGACAGCACUUUAGCAGAUUUACUGGAUCAUUCAUGUACAUCAGGAAGUGGCUCUGGUCUUCCUUUUCUGGUUCAAAGAACAGUGGCUCGCCAGAUUACAUUGUUGGAGUGUGUUGGGAAAGGUAGAUAUGGCGAGGUGUGGAGAGGCAGCUGGCAAGGGGAAAACGUGGCUGUGAAGAUCUUCUCCUCCCGGGAUGAGAAGUCGUGGUUCAGGGAGACAGAGCUGUACAACACUGUGAUGCUGAGGCAUGAAAAUAUUUUAGGUUUUAUUGCUUCGGACAUGACAUCACGGCACUCCAGUACCCAACUGUGGUUAAUUACACAUUAUCAUGAAAUGGGAUCGUUGUAUGACUAUCUUCAGCUCACUACUCUGGAUACAGUUAGCUGCCUUCGAAUAGUGCUGUCCAUAGCUAGUGGUCUUGCACAUUUGCACAUAGAGAUAUUUGGGACCCAAGGAAAACCAGCCAUUGCCCAUCGAGAUUUAAAGAGCAAAAACAUCCUAGUUAAGAAGAAUGGACAGUGUUGCAUAGCAGAUUUGGGCCUGGCAGUCAUGCAUUCCCAGAGCACCAAUCAGCUUGAUGUGGGGAACAACCCCCGUGUGGGCACCAAGCGUUAUAUGGCCCCCGAAGUUCUAGAUGAAACCAUUCAAGUGGAUUGUUUUGAUUCUUACAAGAGGGUUGAUAUUUGGGCCUUUGGACUUGUUUUAUGGGAAGUGGCAAGGCGAAUGGUGAGCAAUGGUAUAGUGGAGGAUUACAAGCCACCAUUCUAUGAUGUGGUUCCCAACGAUCCAAGUUUUGAAGAUAUGAGGAAAGUAGUCUGUGUGGAUCAACAGAGGCCAAAUAUACCCAACAGAUGGUUCUCAGACCCGACGUUAACCUCUCUGGCCAAGCUGAUGAAAGAAUGCUGGUAUCAAAAUCCAUCUGCAAGACUCACAGCUCUGCGUAUCAAAAAGACUUUGACCAAAAUUGAUAAUUCCCUAGACAAAUUGAAAACUGACUGUUGACAUUUUUAAGGUGUCAAGAAGGAAGAUUGGACGUUGUUCUCAUUGUCCAGCUGGGACCUAAAGCUGGCCUGACUGGUUGUCAGAACAGAAUCCAUCUGUCUCCCUCUGCAGAUGGCUGCUUCAACAAGGCAGACAUCUUACCCAGCCAUGUGUUGGGGAGACACCAAAACCACCCUAACCUCGCUCAAUGACUGUGAACUGGGCAUUUCACGAACUGUUCACACUACAGAGACUAAUGUGGGACAGACACUGUUGCAAAGUUAGGGAACUGGAGGAACACAGAGAAAUCCUAAGAGAGAUCUGGGCAUUAAGACAGUGGCUUUGCAUAUCUUUCACAAGUCUCCUAGACACUCCCCACGGGAAACUCAAGGAGGUGUGGUGAAUUUUAAUCAGCAAUAUUGCCUGUGCUUCUCUUCUUUAUUGCACUAGGAAUUCUUUGCAUUCCUUACUUGCACUGUUACUCUUAAUUUUAAAGACCCAACUUGCCAAAAUGUUGGCUGCGUACUCCAUUGGUCUGUCUUUGGAUAAUAGGAAUUCAAUUUGGCAAAACAAAAUGUAAUGUCAGACUUUGCUGCAUUUUACACAUGUGCUGAUGUUUACAAUGAUGCCGAACAUUAGGAAUUGUUUAUACACAACUUUGCAAAUUAUUUAUUACUUGUGCACUGAGCAGUUUUUACAAAACUGCCUCGUGCAUAUGUUAAAGCUUAUUUUUAUGUGGUCUUAUGAUUUUAUUACCGAAACGUUUUUAACACUAUACUCUGAAAUGGAAAUUUUCUUUUAUUAUUGGUUAAAUUCACAUUUUAAGUGCUUCACAUUUGUAUGUGUGUAGACUGUAACUUUUUUUUUCAGUUCAUAUGCAGAACGUAUUUAGCCAUUACCCAUGUGACACCACCGAAUAUAAUACUGAUUUAGAAGCAAAGAUUUCAAUAGAAUUUUAGUCCUGAACGCUGUGGGGAAAAUGCAUUUUCUUCGGAAUUAUCCAUUACGUGCAUUUAAACUCUGCCAGAAAAAAAUAACUAUUUUGUUUUAAUCUACUUUUUGUAUUUAGUAGUUAUUUGUAUAAAUUAAAUAAACUGUUUUCAAGUCAAA